AUGUUUAAGGCCCAGUACCGCAAAGACGAUAACAUGACUACUCACCUGGGCAGCAAGCGGCUCCCGCAGGCCCUCAUCGUGGGGGUGAAGAAGGGCGGCACCCGCGCCGUGCUGGAGUUUAUCCGGGUGCACCCCGAGGUGCGCGCCGUGGGCACCGAGCCCCACUUCUUCGACCGGCACUACGAGCGCGGGCUGGAGUGGUACAGAAGCUUGAUGCCCAGGACGCUCAGCAGCCAAAUCACAAUGGAAAAGACGCCCAGUUACUUUGUCACCAAGGAGGCCCCACGGCGGAUCUUCAACAUGUCCAGAGACACCAAGCUGAUCGUGGUGGUGCGGAACCCGGUCACCAGGGCCAUCUCGGACUACACGCAGACGCUCUCCAAGAAGCCCGACAUCCCCACCUUCGAAGGGCUGUCCUUCCAGAACCGCAGCCUGGGGCUGGUGGACACCUCGUGGAACGCCAUCCGCAUCGGGAUGUACGUGGUGCACCUGCAGAACUGGCUCCAGUACUUCCCCCUCUCCCAGAUCCACUUUGUCAGUGGGGAAAAGCUGAUCACAGACCCGGCCGGGGAGAUGGGCAAAGUGCAGGACUUCCUGGGCAUCAAGCGGGUGAUCACGGACAAGCACUUCUACUUCAACAAGACAAAAGGGUUUCCUUGCCUGAAAAAAACAGAGAGCAGCACUUUACCGCGCUGCCUGGGCAAGUCCAAAGGGAGAACUCAUGUGCAGAUAGACCCUGAGGUGAUAGAGCAGCUCCGGGACUUUUAUAGACCAUAUAAUAUUAAAUUCUAUGAAACCGUUGGGCAGGACUUCAGGUGGGAAUAAAUGUCCAGGCCCAGAGCAGUGGUGAGGCGAGCAUGCCGCAGUCUUCCAUGAGGGUUCAAACUGGAGGCCAACGUGCAAGCCACCCCCUCUGUCGGCCAUCUUGUCCUUCCUCGCGGGUGCUGGCGAGAGCGGCUUUCCAGACCCUGUGGGAGACCAGGCUUUUCCAGGCCAAAGGCCAAGGAGGAUGUGGAGUUAUGUCCGCAGCCCAACAUGUGCCAGGCAGAGACAGCUGGACACAGCCAAGCCCUCACCAGAUUCUGUCAGCAGCUGGGGGGGCUUGUUUUGCAUUUGGUUUUUAUACUGUGAGGGGCACACCCUGAGCAGCCAGAAAAGGGCCUGAUGGGCCGUGUGGAGGCCACGGGCCAUCUGAUUUUUAAUAAUGGCUGGUCAAUACACAC